AUGUCGUAUACCGAAAGUGAAAAUUAUCACACCCUCUAUGAGAAAGACCGUCGAUCAUGCGAUGCUAAUAGACAGGAAAAAAGACGACGGAAACUUUUAGAUAAGGAUAUCUUCGUUACUAAAACUCUUUGCGACCCAGCAAACGUUCUUAGCAAGCGAUGUAAGAAAAAGCUGCUCGCAGAAAAAUUCGACGGUUUUUCUCCAAAUGUUCCAUAUUCGCUGAACAAACAGAAACGAUGGAGCACAAUCACUGCAACAUCCUUACUCAAAAACCAACAGGAGAAUUCACCUGAAACAGUAAUCGUACACAGAACAGAUGUUCCUUUGAAGGAGAGCGGUCGUGUCAAUUCAAUUCAAAAUGUGGAAAUAGUUGAAAAUGAUGCCAUAAAAAAACUGUCUGGUGGGCGAAGGAAAGCUCUAAAAUAUUUCAACGGCCAAAUAAGGCAAUUACGGCAUAUGGAUAAGAAGGAGGUAGAACCGGCAAGGAUUCACUUCAACUUCACAAAACAGACUUCUCCUAUACUAACGUCUGGCAAAAAAUCAAAGCGAACGACUAGGCGUAAGGGAAUGUUCGAGAAAUUCGGUUCUGCCGACUUUGGAGAAUUUGAAUGUUCUGACAUUGUGGAGGUCACUGACGAAGAGGCUGAUCCUGAGAAGAAAGAGAACAAGCGAGCUACCGAGCUUGCAGACUAUCUUACCCUCAGUGAUAAAGGUGUACAGACGACCUACACUCACAAUCAGCAUCAUUCCGAGGCAAAAACAUUUUCGGUAAUUUCUGAGGACAGCACAUCCAAAAAGAUCCUAUCCUCGGUACCAGAUAGAUACAUUGUGACGUGGUUCGGUUCAAAACGGGUGUUGGUCAGGAGUCGACCAUACUCCAAGCCAAUGUUUGCUCUUUUCUUUGAACAUGAGGAAGAACGUAAAAUCUUGAGAGUACGGGUUAACACAAAUUCACAGUACGUUGAGAGAGCCAGAAGUAGUCACUUCAAGAAUGUCAUCAGGCAGAGGAGUUAUAACUCGCUAUUUCUUGACUUGGAAGAGUUCAUUAUUAAGACGGGCAAAGAGGAGAGUAAAGAUCCUGGAAAAGAUAGUCGUUUUUCUUUGUACCCGGAAUGUUUUGAGCAUAAAUUCCAUAGUGAAUUUAUAGCUCCUCUUGCUACUAAAUUCAACGAUCAAGAUCAAAUUGAAUAUUUGAGCCGACCUUAUAUACAAGACAGUCGCGACAUCGCAUCGUUUGAAGUCAUUGGACAUGGUAGUUUAGUAGCUGCACAUGUUCGAGCUGUGGAUGUGCUGUCUGCUAUCUGUGCUACUGUGAACCUCAUUGGCCAAUGGAUUGUGAACAGUACAAACGCUGGACUGACCGAUGGGACAUUCAAUAUCUUCUCGAGCAAAAUUACAUGCCUGGCGAUGGCCAAAUGCGACUGUGCAUUGCUUGUGAAGAAGUAUUUCAGGUGUCCCGAGGAUCUUCAAGUACCCGAUGUCCUGGUUGGAGGUGUAGAUGGGACUACGACGAAAAUGGUCGAUAUUAUCACUGCCAUGGAUACAAGAGGCCAUUAG